CGCCUCUGUUGUGUUGUGUGUUUGCAGCACACGGCUCCGUGCAGCCAGGACAGCGGGGCUGCAGGCCAGGGUUGCUGCCCCCGGCGCGGCCCGGCCCGGCCCUGUCGCGCGUCCUCGCACGUGUGUCUGCGGGGCCAAGCCACGAUGCUGCCCACGGCCGGCCCCAGCACCGGGCAGACCUGCGGGCUCGUGCUCAUCUCCGCCGUGCUGCUGCAGUCCAUCUGCGUGGCUGUGACUUUCCUCUACUUCACGAACGAGCUGAAGCAGCUCCAGGACACAUACUCCAAGAGCGGCAUUGCCUGCCUCACUGGGGAAGAACUGGGAACUUUCAUGGGAGACUUGGAUCUAAACAGAAUAGAAGAGAGAGAGCAAGACCCCUGCUGGCAAGUGAAGUGGGAGCUAGGAAAGUUAAUUAAAAAGAUCAUGUCAAGAUACUAUGAAGAAAACAUGUCUGCAGUGAAAGCUGAAACUUCGCUAAGUCUUUCAACAACUGAAGAUCAGGAAUCUCAGACUCCCGUGCACAGAGUAGCAGCUCACAUAACUGGAAACAGCAAUAGGAUGAGUUCAUCAUUCACACAAAAUUCCUCAUUCAGAAGAGGAUACGGGAAGAAAAUAUACUCUUGGGAAGCAUCAAGGAAAGGCCAUUCUUUUCUCUACAAUGUGGAACUGAGAAACGGGGAGUUGAUCAUACCCAAAACAGGGUUUUAUUACAUCUACUGUCAAACUUACUUCCGAUUCCGUGAACCAGAGGACGAGGAUUCAGACUCAGAUUUAUCGGAGCAAAUCAGAAACCCUAAACAAAUGGUCCAGUAUGUUUACAAACUGACCAGUUAUCCAGAACCCAUCCUUCUUCUGAAAAGUGCAAGAAGUAGCUGCUGGUCUAAAAAGGCAGAGUAUGGACUUUACUCCAUAUACCAAGGAGGAGUGUUUCAACUAAAAAGGAACGACAGGAUUUUUGUCUCUGUCAGUAAUGAGGACAUAGUUGACAUGGACAAAGAAGCAAGCUUUUUUGGGGCCUUUUUGAUCAGCUAAAUGCUUAAGACAAAGGCAAACCCCAAAUGAAUCAGGUUUUCAUUUCAGGACUUAGUUUUCUAUAAAUACUCUAAACAAGGGAAUGAAAAGCCUCAUAUUCCAAAGCAGUCAUGACAAUGUGAGACUCCCCAUUGUCAGUGGAAGGUCUGAUUGCACUGAGAAAUGGUCCUUACAGUCCGUAAGGAAGAGCAGCUGAUGGCUGAAGCUGCAUGUGACCAUAACUUGUAUAAGAGCCAAGCAGAUCCCCAAACAUGAUCUCUCAUUUCCAGCCAGUGAACUGAGUUGGAAGGAUUUUAACAUGCCAAAGAUUAAUACCUUCAGCUAGAACCAGAUCAUGCGCAGGUAGGCACUGUCCACAGUUGUUUGUACAACUUUACCAAAGCAUCGGCUGUCAUUUGGGGCAGUCCGUAUACACAUGAUUUGCGUAGUGACAAGAUUGAGACUGGCUAUUUGCAUAGCAAUUAGACUGAGGUUGGAAAAUGGAUGUUGCUUGUGGUCAUCUUGUGGGAGAGCCUACCAGGCAUAUGCUGUAAGUCUCCUUACAAAAGCAGUCCCUCUAGUAUCAAGGAGAUAGUUAUCAUAAGUAAGGGUUUGCACAGCAGCCCUACAUAUUACAGAAGUUCAAGAUAAGCCAAAACAUAGAACACAGCAGCAUUUUUUGUUCAGUGAAGCUCUAAUCCACCAAAGCAUUUAAGUACACACCUAACAUGAAGCUUCUGACUAGCCCAGUUGGAAUCAGUGGACUACUCAUGUGCUGAGUUGAACAUGUGCACAAGUGCUUUGUAGGAUCACAGCCUGACCACACAGGUUACUGGUGCCUUCAUUCAAAUGUUGUACAGAGGAUAGGAAACAAAUAACCAAUGUUGUAAUGACACAGCAGAGCCACAAAAAUCAGUCAGUCAAUAUUUUGAGUUCUCAACACAUUAUGGUAAUAUAUUUGCUUUGUGGAUGCAUAUUGGACUGCAGAUCUUUUGCCACGUAAGCAUAUAUUCAAUUGAGCAACUGCAAUCAUACGUAGUGAGAGUGAGUAUUUGAUCCAGAAUGAAAGUAUUUUUCCUUUAAAUGUUGCAUUCUGCUAAAACUGUAUCAUUUUGCACACAGUGGGCCCAUCUAUAUGAGUCCCUAUGGCAUCAUUGUUACUGCGCUGCCGUUUAGUACUUUCUUUUGGAAGUACUAAAUGAUGGCGCAGUAACAGCCCGUACUGUGCUGCGCUGGUGGUGCGCGGUUAUUUUUAGCUGCUAUGUUGCCAUAGCAAUGCGCUAUACUGAGGGAGUGCAUUGCUAUGGCGAUAUAGCAAUGGUGUCAUGGUUUUUGCCCGCAGACGCUACGUUGCCAGAGUGGGUUGCUACAGCGACGUAGCAUCAUGUGUAAGUCUCCACUGAGUGCGACACAGAGUUUGUCACAUAUAUCGGUCUGCCGCCGCGUGCGAGGAUGUGAUGACGAGAAAUGCAUUCUGAUGACUGAUUUUUUAGGAGAACCUUUUCAGUCCUAGACAAAACACACAUCACUAUCUGUGCUGAUUUUUUGCUAAUGCUGUUGAUUUGCUGGGAGGGGGAGGGUUUUCUUAUUUCGUUUUUUGUUUUAUAGGGACAUGCGAGGACUUCGUAGCAUUUAUUUUUUUUACUGGAACUGAAAACUAUAUUUGUUAGCUACAUGAUUAGAACUGUGAAACGUUUCCAGGAGUAAGCAAUAUGGCCAGCUAAUAUAAGUCAUCAUCAGCAUCUGCACUGACUUAAGUGGCGCUAUAUCAAUUUAUACUAUCUGUUCCGGCUCUUCUUCAGCGAUAAUGCUGUGUAUUUCUAAAAGCAGCAGCAGUUAAAAAGCAGUAAGGCAAGGAAGAUAAUAUGAAUCAAAUUCUCUACAGAUGUAACUUAAUAGAAUUAAAUGAGCAGAGAAUAAGCACGUCUUAUAUUUUUUGAUAUAAUAAGGUUGCCUUAGGAGCCAUAAAAUGAUGGAAGCCACAAAACCACCGUACUUACCUGGCUUAUGGGCUACAUGAUAAAAUAUGUGCAAUGUUCAUCCUGCUACUUUGUUUAUGGAUCAGGAAAUGAAUUUACGUGAACCAUCUUACUUACAUUUACUAUAAUAAGGCAAAAGUGUAAGUAUACCAGCUGUUUACUGUUUACCUUGUCCCUGAGCACCAAGAAAAGCAUUUACCAGUUAGAACAAUGAAGCAAAUGCAAGGAGAAGUAUAAACACACGCAUACGUUCUGUUUGCAUACGGAGUAAAAUGUAUACAUUUUAGUCGUAAUCAAUUCUGUGAAUUGUUCUAUUGCUUAUAAUACCUCUGCUUUCAUUGUACUCAUGACUCUCACAUUAUGCAGUCCAUACAGACUGUAUGAAGACUAGUCCCAGCUUGUUAUCUGAAACAUUAUUUAAUUGGAUAACUUUCUGACUCUGAACACAGUCAGUUGCAGUCAAGAGUGCAUCCACCGGUUCAGUUUAGACCAGUUUCACACUGGUCACUAUUGACUGGUGGAGGCGCUCUUGACUAAUACCCUGCAUGAAACCAGAAUCAUAACCUAGAUGUGUAGCUACCUAUAAGCCAGACUGUCACUCUUGCUGUAAUUACAUUGUAUUGUACACCCUGAUCCUGAAAUAGGACUGCUUGCAAUGCACAGAAGCUAAGUAUAUGUGAUGGCAGGUUGUUUCAUUUUGAUGUUAAUGACAUUGAUUGUAGAGUGAGGGCUGAAGCCUGCUCCCAUUGAGAACAAUGGAAAAACUUGAAUGGUGGAAGAUCAAGACCUUAAAAGGUAUUUGCAGUGAGUAAAGGUUGUGCUCAUUUUCAAACUAUAUUCCAGUCUUUUUUCUGUUCGGUUUUCAUACAACAAUAAUAUGCAGAAUUGUAAUCCAAAUUCCCUUCCUCAUUUCAAUUUUUGAUUCCACAAAACCCCUCUUUUCUACACGUGCACUGGAUUGUGCAGGUGUUACUGAGCAGUCCUGGUGCUGCAUGGGUCGUUUCUGAUGCUACUGUGCAUAGGCUCAUUGCUGCUGCGCAGUAGCGUCGGAGUCACGGUUCGUGCCUGUCGACAUUACAUCACUGUAGCAAUGAGCUAUGUCGCUGUAGCUUGUCGCUCUGGCGACAGUGUCUUGUUAGACGCACCCUGUAUGUAUAUAUUCUCAUGCUACUCCAUUUUGGGAGAAUAUGGCACAAGGACUAGUACACUGAAUCUCAUUUUAUUGCCCUGUAUCUAGAGAUGUGCUUCUAGAGAUAUUAUCCUGGGGAAACACUAUCAAGCAAUAUCUGAAAAGAAUAAUUUGAAGAUCAAUAGAAAGAUAUACCUACCGUUUCAAGUGGUGAAUUUGAUCUUUCUCAUUUGCUCACCUUGUCCUGUCCCCGCCCUCCAUUUUGAAUGCAGAAUGUAGCAGUUAUUUGUGUUCAUUGUGUUUUUGAUGGUUUUUUAAAAAAAACUUGUAAUUUUUUGAAAGUUAUAUGCUUUUUAUAUAAAAUACUUGUAGUAAAUAA